AUGGCUUCGGGCGAAUUCGUCCUCUAUCAUUAUGAUCCCUCAUUCGCUGCAGCCGCGAUAUUUGUCGUGCUCUUCUCCAUAUCAGCGGUGACCCACGCUUUUCAGUUGUUCCGGGCAAGAUCAUUUUAUAUGUUCCCAUUCCUAAUCGGAUGUGGCUUUGAAAUCGUUGGAUAUGUCGGACGAGCGUGGUCAGCGAAACAGACCCCGAACUGGGCGACCAUGCCAUAUGUUUUACAGUCCUUAUUCCUACUCCUCGGUCCAACACUCCUGGCAGCUUCGAUCUACAUGGUGUUAGGGAGACUUAUUCGCCUUCUCAAUGCCGAUAAUUACUCCAUCAUCAGAACAACGUGGUUGACCAAGGUUUUUGUCCUGGGAGAUGUGAUAUCAUUCCUGGCCCAGUCUGGAGGUGGUGGUAUGCUAGCCAACGCCAAAACAAAGAGCAGCCAAAAACUGGGUGAGAAUGUCAUCAUCGGCGGUCUCGGCGUUCAGAUCGUCUUUUUCGGAUUUUUUAUGGUUGUGACUAUGGUCUUCCACCGUCGAAUUCUUAACAAUCCCACCACAGCCAGCCUUACGAUCACCACACCAUGGAAGAAAUUCAUCUUGGUAAUGUACGUGGCCAGCAUGUUCAUCAUGAUUCGAUCCGUCUUUCGAAUCGCCGAGUACAUCGGUGGCUCGACCGGAACACUCCAGAGCACUGAGGUAUACAUUUACAUCUUUGACGCAACAUUGAUGUUCAUUGUUGUCACGCUCUUCAAUGUCUUCCAUCCGAGUCGGGUUAUGAAUCAUAAUGAACGCAUCAAAGAGUACAACAAUGUGGAGCUGGAAUCAUAUUCGAUGAUGGACAGAGACGGCCGGAAUGACGCAAGAAGGCCUCAGAAUGCUCCCAACCCGUAUGACAGUGGAGCGGAUUCGCACUAUCAUGGUCGAAGUUAA